CACGGCGCAGUGAGCAGCUGCAGGUCUGUCGGUGAGAGCCGCCGCCACCGCCGCUCGCGCUCGUAAUAUAACAGGGAUAACAGCAGCAGCACGCGCCGGUCCUCGGACCCGCAGCACACGGGGUUCACCCGCACGCACAGACCGCUAAAGAGGCUACAAAAGGAUUGCCAUCUGUUUCUGCAGCAACUCUGCACCCUGAAGAAUGACAUGCCCGUGAUGCCUGUCUGGAAGUGCCUUCUAGAGGCCCACCUUGGCAGCUAGAGGAGAGGCUGGCCCCCGUCAACAUGACAGCGUUGCCACGGGACGUGACUUCCCUGGCUGUGUCUGGCCUAUUCCUCUAUCUCCUCAUUUUCGGCGUCCCUGCUGUGGUGUCCCAAAGUACCCCUGCUCCCACCGAGCCCACCCCUACCCCGGCACCGCAGAGCAGACCGGAGUGUACCCGAAGAGAACAUCCUAUCAUUUCUAUUCAAGCUCUCAGUCCCUGGAUCUCUGUUUUCUCCCAUCCUGGUGUACGAGACUUCUCACAACUCACCCUCGACCUCAGCAGAAAUGAGCUAAUUGUAGGAGCAAGAAACUACCUCUUCCGCCUGAACUUAAGCAACAUAUCACUAAUACAGGCUACAGAAUGGGGCCCAGACGAAGACACCAGGAGGUCCUGUCAGAGCAAAGGGAAGACGGAGGUGGAGUGUCAGAACUACAUUCGAGUGCUUCUCGUCAACAAGACAGAGGUGAUGACCUGUGGCACCAACGCCUUCCAGCCUCUAUGCAUCACCAGAGAGGUGGGCAAUAUGAGCAGUGUAUUAGAGCGAGUGAAUGGAGUUGCACGCUGUCCUUAUGAUCCUCGCCACAACUCCACAGCAGUGGUGACAGAGAGCGGAGAGCUUUACGCUGCCACGGUCAUCGACUUCUCUGGCCGGGAUCCAGUCAUCUACCGCAGCCUGGGGGGAAUGCCGCCUCUCAGGACCGCCCAGUACAACUCCAAAUGGCUCAACGAGCCUCAGUUCAUCUCGGCCUAUGACAUCGGGCUCUUUACCUUCUUCUUCUUGAGGGAGAACGCAGUAGAGCACGAUUGUGGGAAGACAGUGUACUCACGAGUGGCCAGAGUCUGUAAGAACGACAUCGGUGGCCGUUUCCUGUUGGAGGACACCUGGACCACCUUUACCAAAGCCAGACUCAACUGCUCGCGCUCUGGAGAGAUCCCCUUCUACUACAACGAGCUCCAGAGCACCUUCUACCUGCCUGAGCAGGACCUCAUCUAUGGCAUCUUUACCACCAACGUGAACAGUAUUGCUGCGUCUGCAGUUUGUGCGUACAACCUGAGCGCCAUCACGCGUGCGUUCAACGGGCCAUUCCGCUCCCAGGAGAACCCGCGCUCCACCUGGCUGCCCACCCCCAAUCCCAUCCCCAACUUCCAGUGUGGCACUAUUGAAGAUAAGGGGCCCAAUGAUGGCCUCACCGAGCGAAGCCUGCAGGACGCCCAGCGGCUCUACCUGAUGAACGACGUGGUCCAGCCGGUGUCUGUGGACCCGCUGGUGUGGCAGGACAGCAUGCGCUUCUCCAAGCUGGUGGUGGACAUCGUACAGGGCCAGGACACCCUGCAUCACGUCAUGUACAUCGGCACAGAGUCUGGGACCAUUCUGAAAGCUCUGGCCACCUCCAAUAAGUCUCUGCAAGGCUGUUAUUUGGAGGAGAUGCAGCUCCACCCCCCGGACACAAGGGAGCCAAUCUUGAGUCUGCAGAUUCUCCAUGGAGACAGGACUCUUUUUGUGGGGCUGAAUGACCGGGUGCUAAAAAUUCCCCUGGCUAGGUGCUCCAGCUACCAAACAGAACAAAUGUGUUUAGAUGCCAGGGACCCGUACUGUGGAUGGGACAGGAAGCAGCGCCGCUGCACCACUAUUGAGGACAGCUCCAACAUGAGCCAGUGGUUCCAGAACAUCACAGCCUGCCCUCUGCGGAACCAAACCAUGGACGGUGCUUAUGGUCCCUGGGCCCCGUGGCAGCCUUGCAACCACGAUGACGGCGAUGGCACCAGUGCUUGCCUGUGUCGCUCGAGGAAAUGUGACAGUCCUGCUCCCCAUUGUGGAGGCAAAAGCUGCGAGGGUCCGACGAUUGAGGUGGCCAACUGCUCGAGAAAUGGGGGCUGGACCCCGUGGUCAUCGUGGGGUCAGUGCAGUACCAGCUGUGAGAUCGGCUUCGAGGUGCGUCAGCGCUCCUGCAACAACCCCUCGCCCAGACACGGCGGCCGAGUGUGUGUGGGCCAAGCCAGAGAGCAGAGAUUCUGCAAUGAGAAGGUAUCAUGUCCUCAGCCCAUCUUCUGGUCGUCAUGGUCACCCUGGUCCAAGUGCAGCGCUGAGUGUGGAGGAGGAGUGCACUCUCGCUCCAGGAACUGCGAGAACGGAAACAGCUGUCCGGGCUGCGCACUGGAGUAUCAGGCCUGUAAUCUGGAGUCGUGUCCGGAGGCGAGGAGGAAUACGCCAUGGACUCCGUGGGUGCCGGUGAAUAUAACUCAGGGUGGAGCGCGGCAGGAGCAAAGAGUGCGCUACAUCUGCAGGGCACAGCUAGCCGACCCACACGAGCUGCAGCUGGGCAAACGCAAAGUGGAGACACGCUUCUGCCCCAACGACGGCACGGUCGCCUGCGAAACGGACUCUUUAGUGGACGAGCUGCUGAGGACUCCCGGGGUGAGGCUGACGGGCUCCGGCUGGUCUUCGUGGGAGACGUGGUCAGCGUGCAGUCAGGACUGCGCUAAAGGCUACCGCAGCCGCAAACGCACCUGCACCAGCAGCGACGGCAAGACCACACCGGCCGCCUGCAGGGGCUCACCUGUGGAGUAUCAGGACUGCAACCCCCAGCCAUGCCCAGUGAAAGGCGCCUGGUCUUGCUGGUCUCCGUGGUCGCAGUGUUCAGUGCCCUGUGGUGGAGGGCACUACCAGCGGACACGCGGCUGCACCAACCCUGCCCCCAGCCUCCGAGGGGACAUCUGCAUCGGCCUGCAUACAGAGGAGGCGCUGUGCAACACACAUGCCUGCCAGGGUGGCUGGAUGGCCUGGACUGUGUGGUCAGCAUGUGACGACACGGGUCUGCAGAUGCGUACUCGAGUGUGUGGUACUCAGAGCUCAACGCCGUGCACGGGAAACGGCACCCAGUACAGAGACUGCAAUGAAAUCCCAGUGAUUCUGCCUGCAUCUGGCUACGAUAAGGACCAGCAGUGUGGGGGUUUCACUCUGCUGCACCUGAUAGCCACCGGUGUGUCAUGUUUCCUGGGCGCAGGCCUGCUGUCCUUCCUGGUAUACGUGUACUGCCAGCGCUUCCACAAACCCUCACAAGAGUCUGCCGUCAUCCACCCUACUACUCCUAAUCACCUCAACUACAAGGGAAACACCACGCCAAAGAACGAGAAGUACACACCCAUGGAGUUUAAGACGCUGAACAAGAACAAUCUUCUGCCAGACGAAAGAACCAACUUCUUCCCAUCACCGCUCCAACAGACCAACGUCUACACCACCACCUACUACCCCGCAGCGCUGGGUAAAUACGACUACCGGCCUGACUCUUCGCCCUCGCCCUGCAGAAACUACAACCACAGCUGAGACUUUUACCUGCACCUCCAAAGCCAUGGUAUAAAAGGGGGACUGACACUAUUGAGCACCCCUCUUCUCUAAACUCUUAAACCAUGAGCAUCCCCCAAGCUCCCUCAGCACCUGAGGAUAGUGAUGCUCUUCUGGAACAUUCCGCCUCCCGACUCCCUGCACUCGGAGGACAAGAGCAUGCCAUCUAAAUCAUGGUUAAAAGUCUCUGAUGGAAACAAAAAAAGGACCAAGUACACGGACCAAGUACAGCAUUUCAAAUGGUACUUAUUUCCAAGGAAUGCCUUUCAAGGAAGAUUGUGUAGCUACACUGAUGUCUCGUAUUUAAAUCACUAAAUCUGUCUCUGUGGAACUCCUGACCGAGGAUAGUCUGUGGCAGAAUUGCUGAACGGACACUGUAGGCUUCUCUUUAUGUCACAUCACACUCAGCACUCAACAGUCCAGCACUCAACAGAACAAGACUCAAGCCUCUGUCUACACUUGGAAACUUUGGAUUGUGUCCACAACUACUGCAGCAAGAGAACGGACCAAGAGAAACACGGCUAAAGAAAGGGAUCGAUGCUUACUCUGUUAAGUCGUCUGUUAUUGAGCAAGCUUGUGUUAUCACCGAGCGCAAAUGUAACAAGACACCGAGAAGAAGUUCCUCUCGCAGGCUGUGGAUAUAAAGCCUUUGUAAGACUACGAGCUACAGCUAGAGGACUAAUGCACUGAGAUAUCACUGAGAUAUGCAGCACCUGCAGAUACCACACUUUAUGAACAACACUGAACCUAAUCAUUGGUCAAGUAAAAUGGUAAGUUUGCCACCAAGCUACCAGAGGAAGAGGAGGAAUGCAGACCAAAUGUGACCCUGUGGAGUUUUUGGAGAAGGAGCAAUAGGAACGCCAGUGAUGCCUGCUUGCUUUAGAGUCCACUUUGACCCUCUACUACACUCCACUACAUGUUUUUAUUAUCUCUCGGAUGGAUGGAGUACGUUUGGACCUCAUCUACACAACUUCUGAACCUACUGAAUACUGAACGCCUUGGUGGUCGUAUCAAAUACGAUAAGCUUGGACCAAGGUGGACUAUAUUUUAAUAUGAAACAAUGUAGAAAAUACUGAUAGCUUGGCACUUGUUUUUUUUUUUUUAAGAUUAUUUUAAAGAGGGGCUUAUUUGACAGUUUGUUUUGACAUGAAAUAGGAUAGAUGGACUUUGUUAGGGUUUGUUUGUUUAUUUAAAGUAAGAAUUCCAACAGUGUGGUGGCGAAUGGCGCACUGAUCAUUGUCACAUUUUUUUUCUCAUAUAUAUAUAUAUAUAGACACAUAUUUUCUACUGUAUAGAGCAGAUAUAUAAUUAAUCAUCAUUAUUUUCAGUAUGGGAUAAGUUAUACAUCAUUAUUUGUUCAAAGUAUCAAAUAUUCACAAAUCGAAUCAACCUUCAGGCUCUUAUAACAGCAGCAAAUCAGAGCAGAGGAUCCCUGGCUUAAUCAGAAAUAACAAAGCUGUUUUCACAGUAAUUUGAUGUGCGGGAAUGUGUGUGAGUGUGCCAGUGUGUGUGUGUGUGUGUGUGUGUGUGUGUGCGUGACUCAUAUUACAGGCUUAUAUUUUUUACAGUAUAAAAAUAUCCAGUGGGAUCAUACAAAACAGAAUUUUAAUAUUCAUCCCAUCAACAUUGCAUUGAGUGACGCACGGUUCUGUACUCACACGCGUAUUUCUCACACAAACAUCAUUACAGAGGGAAGAGGAUAUUCUCUGGAUAUGGUGAUUCUCACUGGGGUGUGGUAUUAUUUAUAGCGAGCUUGGUUUGUAAAGGGCAUUGAAGAACGAAGCUAUUUUAUUAUGCUUGUCAAAUGAAUGCUGUCAGUGGUGCUUUUUAGUUAAGCUAAGCACGAGUGCUUGAUUUGUAUACAGGUAAUGCCCCACUACGACACAUAAAGGUUAGUGUAAUGUACAUGCAUAGUGUAAAGCUAACACUGUUUGUUUUUUUUAAAGCCUUAUAGUUGUAAGAUAAUGUGCAGCAGCUGUGUAUAUACCAACUCUAGGGACAGUGUGGGGAUGGAGCCGGUCAUUGAGUCUCGAGCCAACUGCUCUGCAGCAGUAGAAAAUCCAAGCUUCUCAAGAUUUGUGCUUUAAGGAUGAUAUGUGGGCAAAUCUGACAUAUCUGACCCAAUAUAACAUCAUGUGUUUUAAGAGGUGAAAUUGAGCAUUUGACUUCUUAAUAUCUGAAACAUGUUGUUUUUUUUAUUUUAGUUCAAUUAUGCUUAGUUUUACCACGGGAAGGUGGGGUAAAGACAAUUGAUUCUUCAGAAAUUUUAGCCCAUCAGUCUUUUUACAGACUUUUCACUGCUGCGUCAGUAAUACAUUCUAGAUUUUCUAGCAUUUAACAAAACUGUAAACAAACCAUUAAGAAAAAAAAUAAGGGUACAUUAAUUAACAGUACUUUUAACAGAAAUUUUCAACUAAUUAUUAAUUGACACUAGUUAAGAUGUUAUUAAACAUUACAUUUUUAAUCACUUGGUGAUGCCUAAAAUGUAGUAUGUAAAUGUAAAUAUGUAAAUAUUGUUGAGUUCUUAAAACAUACCUUUUACACCCUAGAUCUAACUCAAUUACUAACUCAUUUACAUAUCCACGCCUAUUCAGCUUACCACAGUUUAGGUGAUAAGCCCACUCAUAGUACUGUUAUCAGAAGCUUCAGCUUCAGAAUUUUAGCUCUGUGUGCUUUUUAAAUAAGAGACAAUGCAGAACAGUCAGUCAGAACAGAGCUCAUUUAUCUUAUAUCAUCCAGUAUAAAUGUCUUACAGUAACAGAAACAACCUCUUUAAAUCUGAGGGUUGAAGGGCAGAAAAUUGCAUUAGUGUACAAAUACAUCAAAUACAAAAAUCAUGUAGGUUAUUGGCCCUUUAAAGUAGCUGAAAUGGUGUUAUUGUAACCCUUCAGUUUAGGGAAGAUUUCAAUGAUCUUGUAAGCAGGUAUUACAAGAGCUGAAUGCAUAAUAUACUGCAUUUGUAAUUAAUUGCAACUAAUUCAACACGUGAUUAUACAUUCUUCAGUGUACUGAAUGCACAGCAUUUUUUUAAAUUAAAUAUAAUCAUUAUUAGACCCUUUUUUAUUAUAUUUUAGAGUGAGAACAAAAGCAAACAUAACACAACAUUACAAGAAAGUAGAAAACAAACUUUUUGUUUGUGGAUUUUUUUGUCUACCCCAAUCAUACAAACCCACAAUUAGGAGCACAAUUAAAUUACAUGAGGAAUCAAGUCAAUGAAAAAAAAGCAUAGCAAAAAAGAACAAAUAAAUUAAUCAUUUAAAAAAAUAUGAAUGAAUGAAUGAAAAUAUUAUAGUUCUCCAAGUUCAAGUUCAGUCGGCCACGAUGUUGAAUACGAAUAUAUUACACUCUUUUAAACCAUUUCUUGACAAUAAUUGGUAACUAAGUUAUUAAGCAAAAUAUUGGUAAUUAUCUGAGUACAUUGUUACACCUCUAUUGUUUACACUUCACUUUGACAAUUCACACCUGUUAAAAAUUGUGAAUCAAUUCGUGACCAGAGUAAUGAGUAUAUCGUUACACCUCUAACUACUGAGCUAAACUAAACACAGAAUUACACAGUAUAUUAGGAUACUUUUAUACAUGUUAUGUAUAACAAUGAUUUCACAAGCAAUUAAUCCCCAGAUUUUGAUGGGAUCGCAUUAUCAAGUGUCUCAUGCAAUUACUCAGAAAGAUGCCCAACCUACUAAAUCCUGUAAAGUCAACUGCUGUGUUAUUUUGCAGAUGCAUAACAAGGCCUGGAGUCCUCUGUGAUUUCAAUUUAACACCUCCGCUGUGAGGCUCAGCAGCACAUCUCAUUUGCAGAGGCAUGGUAUUUACCUUCCUGCUUAACAAGACGAAAUUAGCGGCCUGACUAUUCCAGCACUGAGUACGACAACCGUUUCUGUUCAUGCUGAAUAUGAAAGAACACAACCCGCUUAUCCUGCGUUCCCUGGAGCGCAGAAAAUCCCUCUAGUCUAUACAGUGUGGCAGAUCAGUUUAAGCCCGUUUGCUGAGUGUGAGUUUAUUAUUAUUAAUUCCCCCCCGUCCCGAGGAGCUCUGCCGCCGCCGGACAGGACAGAGCCCAGACGACCAAAUGAUGCGCUCCAUCCCCGCAAGGCUCGGUGCCCUUCUAUGCAACUGACCUGGUGGUACUGUUAGAUAUGUGAUGUAGACUGUAAUCACUGCCUUUUAGACACUGUGAAUUUUUUGGUACUCUAUAUUUUUGUAUAUUGUACAUUGUAAAAGAUAAUAAACCAUGAUGCCAACUCAGA